AUGACAGGUGCAGCGACGCUGACGACGGAAUUCACCAGUACCAGUGAUGAUCAAGAUGUUGUUGAAGGUGGUCCCAGUAUUACAUUAGAGUGUAUUGCAAUUGGUGAACCUCCACCAAACAUCACGUGGACCAGAGUGCUUAAUAAUGGCAGUGACAGCAAUGUGCUGUUUACCGGAGAGCAGUUUGUACUUUACAACAACAGAAGUUCCAUUGGGACAUAUCGCUGUACUGCGUUCAAUGGGAUAGGAACUGCACCCAACCGCACUAUUGCUGUGGAUGUUAAUUACAAACCAGAGAAUGUCAUGUUAAUGGUAAAUGACUCAAACAUCUGUAAGGGUGAUAUCAUCAAUAUCACCUGCUCAGCUGAUGGUAAACCUAGCGUUCAUACUUAUCAACUGUUUGAGAAUGAUAUACCAGUGCCUGAUAGUGACACAGCUGGAGUAUGGAAGAGAACAAUGUCAGCUGAAGGAAACUUCACCUACAGAUGUGUGGCGAACAACACUGUAGGCACAAGUGACAAGAAUGUUACAGUUACCGUCAAUGUCCCAGCAGUUGUUUAUCCAGUGGAGAACAUCACUGUUACAGAAGGUGAAAACAGGACUUUAACAUGUAAUGUUUCUGGGAGUCCUACACCAUCUGUAACAUGGACAGAGGUGGAGACUGGAAUCCGUACAAUGGGAAUCACACUUGAGCUUACACGUAUCAACAGGAAUGAGUCUGGGGAAUACAAGUGUGAAGCAAGCACCUCUUGUGGAAAUGAUACUAAAAGCACAUUUGUUAUUGUGCAGUACAAGCCAGAGAAUUUGCAGUUUGCAGCAAGUGAGACAGAAGUCUGUCGGGAUAAAGUGAUCAAUUUUACCUGCUCUGCUGAUGGUAACCCUCCAGUACAUACUUAUCAACUGUUUGAGAAUGAUACACUGGUGACUGAUGGUAGUAACAGUCAUGGAAUGUGGAACAGAACAAUGUCAACUGGUGGAGUGUUCAUCUACAAGUGUGUGGCUAAUAACACUGUAGGAACAGGACGAAGUGAAAGUGUUACUGUUACUGUCGAUGUACCUUCGGCCAUGCAGCCAAUACAAAAUGUGAAUAUAACCGAAGGAAGAAAUUUGACUCUGUUGUGUAAUGUAUCUGGGAUUCCUCCAGCAAUGGUGUCUUGGAUCAAGGUUGGGGGUGAUAUGAUUACUGAUAAACAUGAGCUGGUGUUCACAAACAUUAGCAGAACUCAAGCUGGAGAGUACAAGUGUGAAGCCAGUAAUCUGUGUGGCAAUGCAUCAGAGACAGCAACAAUUGAAGUGCAGUAUGCACCAGAAAAUGUGUUAUUGGAAACAUCUGCAGCUGAUAACAAAGCAUGUCGUUGUGAUUUUAUGAGCAUUAACUGCUCAGCUGAUGGUUUAAAAAAUGCACUGUUGAGCUCUUUUUCACCAGAAUUCACCAGUGUCACUGGUAAUCAAACUGUUGUUGAAGGUGGCCCUGAUAUUACAUUAGAUUGUAAUGCAACUGGUGAACCUAGUCCACCAAAACUCACCAUCACCUGGACCAGAGUGCUUGAUAAUGGCAGUGACAGCGAUCUGCUGUUUACUGGGCCGCGGUUUGUUCUUGACAACAACAGAAAUUCCGCUGGGACAUAUCGCUGUACUGCAGACAAUGGGAUAGGAACUGCACCCAACCGCACCAUUGUUGUGGAUGUUACUUGUAAAGCUGAGGACAGCAUUCGUCCUGCCGCGGCAGCAUUUGGACGAGGUAUUACAUCGGUAAAGAAGACGCCUCAUGUUUGA